AUGGGGGCCGCGGACAAGUGGCUGCUCCCGCUAGUCACCGUCGCCUUCAUCUCCCUCACGCUCUUCCUCUCAGCCCUCUCGGGCUACUCCGCCUCCUCCGCGCUCUUCGCGCGGCUGCCGCCGCCCUCCUACGUGCGGCGCGGGGCCGCCGCGCCGCCGUCCUUCGCGUACCUCCUCGCGGGCGGCCGCGGGGACGGGCGCCGGCUCCUGCGGCUCCUCCUCGCCGUCUACCACCCGCGGAACCAGUACCUGCUGCACCUCUCCGCGGACGCGCCCGACCCCGAGCGGGCCGAGCUCGCCGCCGCCGUGGCCCGCGCGCUGCCCGCGGCCACCGCGUUCGGGAACGUCGACGUCGUCGGGCGCCCCGCCGCGGGCACCCCCAUGGGGUCGUCCGGGCUCGCGGCGACCCUUCGUGCCGCGGCCGCGCUGCUCCGGUUGGACGCCGAGUGGGACUGGUUCGUCACGCUCCACGCCGCUGAUUACCCGCUCGUCACCCAGGACGACCUGAUUCAUGUCUUCUCCUCUGUGCCAAGGCACCUCAACUUCAUUGAUCACACUAGUGACAUUGGAUGGAAAGAGGGUCAGAGAGUGCAACCAGUCAUAGUAGAUGCCGGGAUAUACCUGGCUGGAAGGAAUCAGUUCUUCCAAGCCACACAGAAACGGGACACUCCUGAUGGUUUCAAAUUCUUCACAGGUUCACCUUGGGUCAUUCUAAACCGGCGCUUUAUAGAGUACUGCAUUUUUGGAUGGGAGAAUCUCCCUCGAACUCUUCUCAUGUACUUCACAAACGUGAUGCUGCCUCUGGAAGGGUACUUCCACUCAGUCGCAUGCAACUCAGACUUCCGCAAUUCGACGGUGAACAAUGACUUGCGGUACAUGGUGUGGGAUGAUCCACCUCAGAUGGAACCGCGUUUCCUAGACAGUACACAUUAUGAUGAGAUAGUGAACAGCGGGGUGCCCUUUGCUCGGAAGUUUCAGGAGAAAGAGCAUCUGUUGGACAAGAUUGACGAGAAAAUACUGCAGCGCUGGCGUCAGAGGCCUGUUCCUGGUGCGUGGUGCACAGGCAGAAAUAGGUGGUUCUCCGAUCCGUGCUCCCAGUGGAGCAAUGUGAACAUCGUAAGGCCAGGCCCCCAAGCUGAGAAGUUCCGCAGAUACAUGGAUCGGAUCUUAGAAGAAUCAAAGUCAAGCAACAGCUCAUGCGCUCAAUAGCAUCACUGAACCGCGAGGCUGCACGUUCCCGCAGCUGAGCUCUUCUCAUUUUUCACAGAAUGGCUGCUCCCCGUUCCCCCCUUCCAAACUCGAGCAUAUCUGCCCCUGCCAACGAAGCAUUUUCGCUGCUGGGGCUACGGGCACAGGGCCAAGGUGAAGAGGACGGGCCUAUUCUUUCCAGAAUUUUGUUGGUGACUGUCAUGUGGCCUCAAGGGAUCACUGGCUGCAUCAUUUGCAUUGUUGGAAGCCAGGGAGCUUUGGGUGGGGGGAUACCUGAGCUAGUAGGCAGUGUAAUUAGUAGCGAUCAGUUGGAUGACCUGUGCGAAUGUUUAUAGAACCUGGUGGAAUUUUCUUGGUGCCUCGAUACAGAAUUGAGUGAGAACAGAAAGGGGAAAUUGAAGGGUGGGGAAUUUUUGUUAGCCUUGUGGAUUGGAUUGUUGCUGUUGUGGUUAAUACAACGCUUACAGAUUCUUUUA